UGCGCGCGCCCGAGGACGUACGUCAUCGGCGUCGGCUCCCGCCGGCCGGGCGGCCGGUGGCUGGUGUAGCAGAGCUGGAGCGGCGGGCGGCAAGAUAAAGGGCGAACAGGUGGGGGCACCGCACGCGGACGGACCCCCCCAAACGCCGGGAGCAGGCGCGCGACGCGACCUUUCCUGAUCUCCCGGAGAACCCUCCACUCCAUUGUCUCCUGGCCCCACCCUCCAUUGGACACGCCCUUCGCCUUAUCUCCCACCGUUUAUUGGCUACAGGUCACGCCCCUCCUCAAUUCCUGGUUCCCCAUUGGCUCUUCACCUUGUCCUCUCCCGGGGCUUCUUAUCCGCACAGGCCACACCCCCUCAUUUGUCACCAGACCCCGCCUUUAGUAGUCGAGGGCUCCUCCCCCAUCCAUCCUUCAUUCAUUAUGCACCUAGUGCUGGGUGCUUGGUACAGGGGGUUGAAUCAGACCCCGUUCCUGCCUUCGAGGAGUUCAGGGGAUGGUGGGAGAACACGGACCUAGGCUCUGACAGUGACAGCUCUGAGUAAAGAAGUCGCCGAAGCAGUGGGACACUAGAUGCGGGGAAGGCUUCCUGGAGGAAGUGAGGCCUAAACUGAGCCUUGAAGAAUGGUUGAGUUUGCUCCAGGAAUAUAUUGCAAAGGCAUUCUUGGCGGAAGGACCUGAGACGUGAAAGAAACAGGCGUCUUCUGGUAAUUUCGAGGAGAUGGAGAAAUAACAGCAUGUGUUUAUGCUGAUGGAAAGACUCCAGUAGAGAGGAAGAGAUUGAUGAUGUAGGAAGUGAUGGAAAGGUCGACAGUGUCGGGAGUUGGAGUGACCCGGCUGGAUGUGACCCCCAAGACAGAAUGGUGCUGGACUCCGGGGCUCAGGCGUAUGAUCAGGCACCCCCCAGCCCGCCUACCAGUCCCCCAUCCCUGCGCCAUAGACUGAAGCCCUCAGACCGAGAUGGGCCACCACUGUACCCCUGGUCUCAGUCCCUGGCCUUGCCCCUGGCUCUGGCAGUCCCCCCAGCACUGCAGCCCGAGCCUGAGCAGCAGCCCUUCUCACAGAUGCACCUGGGCCACCGUGGCCACAUGCGUCGCAGUGAGAGCACCUAUUCUGUAAAUAGUACUGGCCGGCGGGGACGUGGCACCCUGGGACGGCCUCCACCUGGACGGGGACAGAACCCAGGUGGGGGCACCCUGCGGCCUGCAGCCUCCCUGCCUCACAUUGCUAAGACUCAAAGGGAUGCAGGCCAUAGUGCCAGCAAGAGCCCCUGCAUGUUGGUGGCCCUGCGGCCAACCAAUAUGGACCGUGAGCGGGACAAGUUCUUCCAGUCCCAUUACACCUACAAUCCACAAUUCGAGUACCAGGAGCCCAUGCCCACAGCUGUGCUGGAGAAGUACUGCGAGGCCUCUGGACAGUUCAUCCAUCAGGCAGUUGGCAUCAUUGAGGCUGUUCUGGAGAAGUUUGGAACCUAUGAACACUUUGAGGCUGCCACCGGGGGGCAGCUGCUCACCAAGUGCCAGAUAUGGUCCAUUGUGCGCAAAUACAUGCAGAAGGAGGGCUGCGUCGGGGAGGUUGUGGUGCAGCUGAGUGAGGACCUGCUGUCCCAGGCAGUGAUGAUGGUGGAGAACAGCCGGCCCACAUUGGCGAUCAACCUGACCGGAGCCCGCCAGUACUGGUUGGAGGGCAUGCUGCGGCAUGAGAUAGGCACCCAUUACCUGCGGGGCGUGAACAACGCGCGCCAGCCGUGGCACAACGCGGAGGGCCGGCUGCGGUACGGGCUGCGGCCGGCUAACCCCACGGAGGAGGGCCUGGCCAGCCUACACAGCGUGCUGUUCCGCAAGCAGCCGUUCUUAUGGCGCGCUGCGCUGCUCUACUACACCAUCCACCGCGCCGCGCGCAUGUCCUUCCGUCAGCUCUUCCAGGACCUGGCGCGCUACGUGCAGGACGCCGACGUGCGCUGGGAGUAUUGCGUGCGCGCCAAGCGCGGCCAGACCGACACCUCGCUGCCAGGUUGUUUCAGCAAGGACCAGGUGUACCUGGACGGCAUCGUGCGCAUUCUGCGACAUCGCCAGACCAUCGAUUUCCCGCUGCUGACCUCACUGGGCAAGGUGUCCUAUGAGGAUGUGGACCACCUGCGGCCCCAUGGGGUGCUGGAUAAUACCCGGGUGCCCCACUUCAUGCAGGACUUGGCACGCUACCGGCAGCAGCUGGAGCACAUCAUGGCCACCAACCGGCUGGAUGAGGCAGAGCUGGGUCGCCUGCUACCCGACUGAUGUCCGUUGAGGGCUGCAGACAGAGGCCCUGGACAGAAGCUCCAGAUAGGCCCCGAGAACAUGAAGCUGUUUGCUCCGUGCUUCCACGGCCUGGGUGUUUCUUGGGGGUGUUGGGAGGGCAGGAGCAUUCCUUGAGGAGGAGUGGCAACAUCAAAGGGUUUGUGUCCCUUGCUAGCCUCCCUGGGGCCUGGGGACCUGCAGCAGCAUGUCUGGCAAACUGAGUCCCCCUCCUGCCUCCAGCUCUCUGUUGAGCAGAGGGAAGCCAUGGGGGCAGGAAGGGAGCUGAGCAUUGAUGGGGAUGGGGGUGGUUUGGGAAUAGAAACUUGUUCUUGCGUGAGAUGGCUUUGGUUGUCCCAGUACUCCAGUCUCCCUUCCCUCACCUGGCCCCUUGGUGCUCCUUCAGCAAUCGUGCUGUCUACCUCUCACUGGGUCCUGGUAGGGGUUGGGAUCUCUUCUCCUGGGGUGAUUGAUGGCCUGAGCCUGGGGUCCUGGUAGUAGAGACCCAGCUGGUCUGGGGUCUGCUUUCUGACAUUUUGCCUCUGUCACUGGUCAUAUAUUUAUUCCAUAUUUAUAUGGUCUACUUCCUAUGACUGGGAGCAGCAGCUCCUGAAGGUUUUGUGGGCGGGGGAACAGGACAUUCCUUCCUGGAAGGCACCAAUUUUCCCAGCCCCACUCCCAUUACACACACACACACACACACACACACACACACACAGUGAUUCAGGCCUUGAGAGUCAAGCCCAAGAGCUCCCUUGGCCCUGUCACCACUCCCUCUACUGGCCUCUGCUGUUCCUGUCUUUACUCACACCCUUACAGCUGGUCUCUGGCAGAGGUUGGCAUAGCCUAGGAGCAGCUGCAGGGACUAGGAGCAGCCUAGGAACUCUGAGGGACAGGCCCUAGAGUUUGGUGGCCCAAGUCCUGAACCCCUCUUGGACCAGGUGAGGUGCAGAGGUGGUUGCUGCUUCCAGUUUCCCUUCAGACUUAGCUGUAUGAGCCCCACUCCUAUCCUUUGGCCUUAGUUUUCCCAUCUGUAAAACUCAGAAACACAGUUGGAAAGUCCUUGUUCAUUUAGUCAUUGAAUAUAUUAUAAUAUGUAUAGAGCGCCUUUUGUGUAAGUUACUGGUCAGAGUCCUCACUGAGCUCCCAGUUCAGAGGGAAGCCAGACAAUUAAAACAGUAAUGAC